AUGGACCAAUCGAGAGGCCGGUCCGCUCGUCAACAAGCGCCGGGAAAAAAAGAGUGGUCGAUGGACGCCGAUGUCCAAGACUGGAUCUACCUUCGGAGACGGCGAGAUGGGAGCGAAAGAGGAAGCAAGCGCGAACAGGGGUCGAUGAGUGGCCAGCGCUUAGAGUACUCUCCGACGCAACCCAGCAAGGAUUGUUUUGUGUUAGGUGGCCAACGAGAGAGCGGGAAGUCUAGAGUAGAAGCAACCUGGAGCUGGGCCACUGCAACAUCGACCACGAAACAGAAAGCUUCCGAAAAAAGAAAAAGAGCGAAGAAGAAAACCCCCAAAGAAUGUCGGUCAAGCGGUGGGAGCCGUUCGCGGGCGAGCUACUGCAGUACCACAGAGACGGGAUUCGAGGCUGAAUAA